GAAAGUUACAUCCGUUACUCCAUCUUGACAGUGGCCCUUUGAGGGAGACAUGGCCUACGAUUCUUUAUGUCCCUUUUGCAAAUGAAUUAGUAGAAAAGAUUGGAUGUACUGCUGACUUUAUCAACUUCUGAGAGCUCUCAAUAUCUUCAGCUCCUUUUAUCUUAAAGAAAUUGGACAGCAUAUGAAGAUUGAGCACCACAUGUGAAUGCAUGAUAUGAAGAACCUAGUUACAGUUUCUACUCCUGUCUGCAAGUGAAUAGGCCCAGAAAGGUGUGGCCAUGGAGGCUGGUGGCCUCCCCCUGGAGCUGUGGCGCAUGAUCUUAGCCUACCUGCACCUUCCCGACCUGGGCCGCUGCAGCCUGGUAUGCAGGGCCUGGUACGAACUGAUCCUCAGUCUCGACGGUACUCGUUGGCGGCAGCUGUGUCUGGGAUGCACAGAGUGCCGCCACCCCAACUGGCCCAACCAGCCUGACGUGGAGCCUGAGUCUUGGAGGGAGGCCUUCAAGCAGCAUUACCUUGCCUCCAAGACAUGGACCAAGAAUGUCCUGGACUUGGAGUCCUCCAUCUGCUUUUCUCUGUUCCGCCGGAGAAGGGAACGAUGUACCUUAAGUGUCGGUCCAGGUCAUGAGUUUGACAGCCUGAGCAGUGCUUUGGCUAUGGCCAGUCUAUAUGACCGAAUUGUGCUCUUCCCAGGUGUGUAUGAAGAGCAAGGUGAAAUCAUCCUGAAGGUGCCUGUGGAGAUUGUAGGGCACGGUAAACUGGGCGAAGUAACCCUGCUAGCCAGCAUUGAUCAGCGCUGCUCAACCACACGUGUGUGCAAUCUCAUCUUCAUGCCGACCUGGUUCUCACCCAUUAUGUACAAGACAACAUCAGGUCAUGUCCAGUUUGACAACUGCAACUUUGAGAAUGGGCACAUCCAGGUCUAUGGUCCAGGUACCUGCCAAGUGAAGUUUUGCAUCUUCAAAAACACCCAUGUCUUCUUGCAUAACGUGCCCCUGUGUGUCCUGGAAAACUGUGAGUUUGUGGGCAGCGAAAACAACUCUGUGACUGUUGAGGGUCACCCAUCUGCAGAUAAGAACUGGGCCUACAAGUAUCUACUAGGGCUUAUUAAGUCCUCUCCCACGCUGUUCCCCACAGAAGACUCUGAUUUUUUAAUGUCCUGGGACCUAGAGAGCCAGGAUCAGGCCUGGAGCCCAAGGACCUGUGACAUUGUUAUUGAGGGCAGCCAGAGCCCUACCAGUCCAGCCUCUAGCUCUCCAAAACCAGACUCCAAGGUGGGCUCACAGGAGGCAGAGGUGGGCAGCGAUGGGGAAAGGGUGUCCCAGACCCCAGACAGCAGUGACGGAGGCCUGAGUCCCAGCGGUGAAGAUGAAGACGAGGACCAGCUCACAUAUAGACUGUCCUACCAAGUGCAAGGCCCACACUCUGUGUUGGGAGGCUCCUUUCUGGGCCCACCACUGCCAGGAGCAUCCAUUCAGCUGCCCAGCUGCCUAGUGCUGAACUCACUGCAGCAGGAGCUGCAGAAGGACAAGGAGGCCAUGGCACUUGCCAACUCUGUGCAGGGCUGCCUCAUCCGCAAGUGCCUCUUCCGGGAUGGGAGGGGAGGUAUUAUUGUGCAUUCCUACGGCCGAGCCAAGAUGGAAGGAAACAUCUUCCGGAACCUGACUUAUGCAGUGCGGUGUAUACAUAAUAGCAAGAUCGUCAUGCUCAGGAAUGACAUUUACCACUGCCGAGCAUCAGGCAUCUUUCUUCGCUUGGAAGGCGGAGGCUUGAUUGCCGGCAACAACAUUUACCACAAUGCGGAGGCUGGUGUAGACAUCCGGACAAAGUCCAACCCACUCAUACUGUGUAACCAAAUCCACCAUGGUCUUCGCUGUGGCAUUGUUGUCCUUGGCAAUGGGAAAGGCAUCAUCCGGAAUAAUAAAAUCUUUUCAAAUAAGGAGGCUGGCAUUUAUAUCCUGUACCAUGGAAAUCCAAUUGUGAGUGGGAACCACAUCUUCAAGGGCCGUGCUGCUGGCAUAGCAGUGAACGAGAAUGGCAAAGGCCUUAUCACAGAAAAUGUCAUCCGUGGGAAUAAGUGGGGAGGUGUAGACAUCCGCCACGGAGGGAUCCCUGUCCUCAGGAGUAACCUCAUCUGCUUUGGCUACUCAGAUGGUGUGGUCGUGGGAGACGAAGGCAAAGGACUCAUAGAAGGAAACACCAUCUAUGCUAACAAGGGCUGUGGUGUGUGGAUGAUGUCAUCCAGCCUGCCCCACGUCACCAGCAACCACGUCAGCUACAACGGCCUAUAUGGAAUGGCAGUGUUUAGCCACAAGGACAGCUCCAGCGAGUUCCCUGGUGGCCACAGGGCCCGAGAGAACUUCAGUGAGGAGGAAGAUGACAUCCGCUGGGAGACAGAGCUGGAGAAGGAGGGUGACCCACUGCACCGGCCCAUCACCGUAGCUCUUGUGGAGUCAAGCUCUCUGUCUAGACAUGGAAUGGCCUCAGGACUCUACGUCCAGAGCAGCGAGGCACUGCACGUCAUCACCAAUGUGAUCCAUGCUAAUGGAGACAGAGGUAUCACUGUGGCCCAGAGCAGCCACCCCACCCGUGUGGCCAACAACAGCAUCUCCUGUAACCGGCAGAGUGGGGUCAAGGUCGAGGCCCACUGCAAGGUGGAACUCCGGGGUAAUGGUAUCUAUGACAACAGAGGCCAUGGUAUUAUGACCAGAGGUGAAAACACUGUCAUCAUCGAAAAUGACAUCAUUGGCAAUCGGGGCAGUGGGCUGCAGCUGCUGCCCAGGUCUGACACUAAGGUAAUAAAGAACCGGAUCCACUCAUUUCGGGCCUAUGGCAUCGCAGUGCGGGGUUGCGCUACGGCCUUGGUGCAGGAGAACAUCAUCUUCCAGGGCAAAACCAAUAAGACCGUCUUUCAGCAAAUUUCAAACAACCGAGAAUGCAUCAUGCAAAACAACAAGUUCCUGGUCUUCAAGAAAAAGUCUGAUACAUGGCGUUUGGUGAACCCACCAGCACGGCCUCACCUUGAAAACACUCUCACAGGCCCCUCUGCAGCCUACAACGGGCAGAAGGUGACAGCCAUGGCAACCAGGAUCACAGCCCGUGUGGAGGGUGGUUACCACAGCAACCGUAGUAUCUUCUGCACCAUCCUGUGAGGGUGGAGACCUGCCUCAGGCCCAGGCUCUGAUGGGUGCUGACGAGCUAAGAUGGAAAUAGUGCCUGAAAAGACUCCACAUCCCCCAACACCCCUUGAAAACACAGGGCCCAGGCUUCCUGGGCCUAAGAACAAGGUACCUCCAAAACCUUCAGCUCCACAGCCCUCAGCAGGAAGGAACUUGGAAAUACUUUCAAGGGAAAAAUGAAAGAGCAGUUGGUGGCUUUCCAGUCACUCAAGCUCUUAUAGGGAUUGCAAAGAGCUGAGAAACUCAAAACUUUUUGGUCAGAAUUUUGUUUGAGUAAUAAUGAACUGGCCUUUUACACACACUGAACCUAGACUCUUCUCAGGAAAGAGCAGAUUUACUCCUUCCAGAGCCAGGAUUCUAGUGAGGUGGAAAGAGACACCUGCCCCAGGGCUUCCCCCACUCCCCCCCCUUUUUUUGAGUGGGAGUCUCUGUCACUCAGGCUGGA